AUGUCUGUCGUUAGUCGAUCUGUUUCUCGUCUCAUACCAUCAACAAUCCGAACGAAUUCUAUUGUUGCUCUUCAACAAAAAUGUUAUGCAUCAACACAAAAAACUGAUCUGAAAGAAGUGCUACGAGAGCUCGUACCAAAAGAGCAAAAACGUGUUGCUGAGUUUAAGGCUCAGAACAAAGAUGUAUCAAUCGGCCAAGUGACUGUUGAUAUGAUAUAUGGCGGCAUGCGUGGCAUCAAAGGUCUUGUUUAUGAAACAUCAGUAUUAGAUCCUAAUGAAGGUAUUCGUUUCCGUGGAAAAACCAUAGCAGAAUGUCAAGCCGAAUUACCGAAAGCGAAAGGUGGAGAAGAGCCAUUACCUGAAGGUCUCUUUUGGCUCUUAGUUACAUCACAAGUGCCAACACAAGAACAAGUCGGAUGGGUAACAAGCGAAUGGAACAAGCGUGCUGCGAUUCCUCAACAUGUUGUAACGAUGUUGAAUAAUUUUCCAGCACAACUUCAUCCUAUGUCACAAUUGAGUGCUGCUAUCACAGUUCUUAAUCUUGGUUCAAAAUUUGCCAAGGCUUAUUCAGAUAGUGUACCAAAGUCAAAAUAUUGGGAGUAUAUAUACGAAGAUUCAAUGGAUGUAAUUGCUAAAUUGCCAACUAUUGCUGCUAUUAUCUAUCGAAAUUUAUAUCGUAAUGGUACAGCUGUUGGUGCGAUUGAUUCAAAAAAAGAUUGGUCAUGGAACUUUGCCACAAUGCUAGGCUAUGACAAUAAACAAUUCGUUGAUUUACUUCGUCUUUAUUUAACCAUUCAUAGUGAUCAUGAAGGUGGUAAUGUUAGUGCACAUACAAGUCAUUUGGUGGGCAGUGCGCUUUCGGAUCCAUAUCUAUCACUUGCUGCUGCUAUGAAUGGUCUUGCGGGACCACUUCAUGGUCUUGCCAAUCAAGAAGUCUUGAUUUGGAUAACGAAAUUAGUCGAAAAAAUCGGUGAUUCACCAACAGAUGAUCAAAUAAAACAAUACGUUCAAGAUACACUUAAAACAAGUGUUGUGCCUGGUUAUGGACAUGCUGUUUUACGUAAAACUGAUCCACGUUAUACAUGUCAACGUGAAUUCGCUCUUAAACAUUUACCAAAUGAUAGAUUAUUUAAAAUUGUCUCACAACUUUAUACUGUUGUACCGAAAAUGCUUGGCGAACUUGGUAAGGUUAAGAAUCCAUGGCCUAAUGUUGAUGCACACUCAGGUGUUCUCCUUCAGCAUUACGGCAUGAAAGAAAUGAAUUUCUAUACUGUUUUAUUCGGUGUUUCACGAGCACUUGGUGUACUUUCACAAAUGAUCUGGUCUCGAGCAUUAGGAUUUCCAUUAGAACGACCGAAAUCGUUGUCAACCGAUGGUCUUGUUGCUUUUGUAGCCGCACAAAAGAAGGCUGGCACUGGCGCCGGAACAAAAGCUUAA